AAAUCUUGGGCAGAAGAAUUAUGUGGGGAAACUGGACAAUUGUCAGUGAAUUUAUUCUUGUUAGUUUCUCAGCCUUGCCCUCUGACCUACAAGCCCUACUAUUUCUCCUGUUUCUGACCAUUUACCUGGUUACACUAAUGGGCAAUGUCCUCAUCAUCUUGGUCACGACAGCUGACUCUGCACUGCGAAGUCCUAUGUACUUCUUCCUCAGAAACUUAUCCUUCCUGGAGAUAGGUUUCAACUUGGUCAUUGUGCCCAAGAUGCUGGGAACCCUGAUCAUCCAAGAGACAACUAUCUCCUUCCUUGGAUGUGCCACUCAGAUGUAUUUUUUCUUCUUCUUUGGAGCUGCUGAAUGCUGCCUCUUGGCCACAAUGGCAUAUGACCGCUUCGUGGCCAUCUGUAAUCCCUUACGCUACCCAGUAAUCAUGAGCCGCAGGUCCUGUGCCCAACUAGCAGCUGCCUCUUGGUUCUCAGGAUUCCCAGUGGCCACUGUACAAACUACAUGGAUUUUCAGCUUCCCUUUCUGUGGCCCCAACAGGGUGAACCACUUCUUCUGUGACAGCCCUCCUGUCAUUGCCUUGGUCUGUGCCGAUACCUCUUUGUUUGAAUUGGAGGCUCUGACAGCCACUGUGUUAUUCAUCCUCUUCCCUUUCUUGCUGAUCCUGGGGUCCUACAUCCGUAUCCUCUCCACCAUCUUCAGGAUGCCCUUAGCUGAGGGGAAGCACAAGGCCUUCUCCACCUGCUCCUCCCACCUCCUGGUUGUCUCCCUCUUCUACAGUACUGCCAUCCUCACCUACUUCCGACCCCGCUCUAGCACCUCUCCUGAGAGCAAAAAGCUGCUGUCACUCUCCUACACAGUUGUGACUCCCAUGUUGAAUCCCAUCAUCUACAGCCUAAGGAAUAACGAAGUAAAAGCUGCACUGAGACGUGUCAUCCACAGAACUCGGGGCCCUCAGAAACUAUGACAGACUCAUGUGGAAACU